CGCGCCUGCGGAGCCGGCGGCGCGCAGCGACCCGCGCAGACACCGCAGCACCUCCGAGCGGCCGCCCCGCCGUCAUCCAUCCCCCCUCUCGCAGGAAUGGUUAUUGGGUUGCCUUGGAGAUGAUCCUGCUGCUGUAAAUGUGGGGCUGAAGAUUCCUGGUGUGGCAGUAUGGAGCUAAUGAACGGACAGUCCAGUGGUGUUAACAUUGCAGCUACUGCUUCAGAGAAGAGUAGCAGCUCCGAGUCCUUGAGUGACAAGGGUUCAGCUGAACUGAAGAAGAGCUUUGAUGCAGUGGUAUUUGAUGUUCUAAAGGUCACACCAGAGGAAUAUGCGGGUCAAAUAACACUGAUGGAUGUGCCUGUUUUUAAAGCAAUUCAGCCAGAGGAGCUGGCAAGCUGUGGCUGGAAUAAAAAAGAGAAAUACAGUUCUGCACCGAAUGCUGUUGCUUUCACCAGAAGAUUCAAUCAUGUGAGCUUCUGGGUUGUUAGAGAGAUUCUGCAUGCACAGACUUUAAAAAUACGAGCUGAGGUUUUGAGCCACUACAUCAAAACUGCAAAGAAGCUGUAUGAGCUGAAUAACCUGCAUGCCCUCAUGGCAGUGGUGUCAGGCCUCCAGAGCGCUCCUAUCUUCAGGCUGACCAAGACGUGGGCGUUACUGAGUCGGAAGGAUAAAGCCACCUUUGACAAGCUGGAGUAUGUGAUGAGUAAAGAAGAUAAUUACAAAAGGCUCAGAGACUACAUCAGCAGCUUGAAGAUGACUCCUUGUAUUCCCUACUUAGGUAUUUAUCUGUCAGACUUGACAUAUAUUGACUCUGCCUACCCCUCAACAGCAAGCAUUCUGGAAAGUGAGCAAAGAACAAAUUUAAUGAACAACAUUCUUCGAAUUAUCUCAGAUUUGCAGCAGUCAUGUGAAUAUGAUAUUCCUAUGUUGCCUCAUGUCCAAAAAUACCUAAACUCAGUUCAGUACAUAGAAGAAUUACAAAAGUUUGUAGAAGAUGACAAUUACAAACUUUCAUUAAAGAUAGAACCAGGGACCAGCACCCCCCACUCUGCUGCUUCCAGAGAAGAUUUAGUAGGCUCUGAAGUUGGAGCAUCUCCACAAAGUGGAAGGAAAAAUGCUGCAGCUGAAGGAGCCUUGCUACCACCAACACCCCCUUCACCUCGGAACCUGAUACCCCAUGGACAUAGGAAAUGUCACAGUCUGGGCUACAAUUUCAUCCACAAGAUGAACACGGCGGAGUUCAAGAGCGCGACGUUCCCCAACGCGGGACCGCGGCACCUGCUGGAUGACAGCGUCAUGGAGCCCCACGUCCCCUCCCGAGGGCAGGCUGAGAGCUCCACCCUGUCCAGUGGGAUUUCAAUAGGUAGCAGUGAUGGUUCUGAACUCAGUGAAGAGACUUCCUGGCCAGCAUUUGAAAGCUCCCUAGAAUCUGAAGAUUUGGCUGUUCAUUUGUAUCCAGGAGCAGUUACUAUUCAAGGUGUUCUCAGGAGGAAGACUUUGUUGAAAGAAGGCAAAAAACCUACAGUAGCAUCUUGGACAAAAUACUGGGUAGCACUGUGUGGAGCCCAACUCUUCUACUACGCUGCAAAAUCCCUGAAGGCUACAGAGAGAAAACAUUUCAAAUCCACACCAAGUAAGAGUGUCUCAGUGGUGGGCUGGAUGGUGAUGAUGGCAGAUGACCCUGAGCAUCCAGAUCUCUUCUUAUUGACUGAUUCUGAGAAGGGAAAUUCGUAUAAAUUUCAAGCUGGAAACAGAAUGAAUGCAAUGCUCUGGUUUAAACACCUGAGUGCUGCCUGCCAAAGCAACAGACAACAGGUUCCUGCCAACUUGAUGACCUUUGAAUAACAGGCAAAUUCAAAACAAUAAAAAAGGACAAUGUGAACCAUCUCAUAAUUGAGAACAAGGUCCUAAUGAAAAAUGUGCCAGCUGUAUUCUGUGCCAGAACAGAACCUGUCAACUCGAUCUCUGAACUCUGGAGCCCUGAACAAAACCACUAAAGGUUGGGGAGUGGAGUCCCCCAAAUUAAAAAUGGAGUUGCAACAUGAAUUGCCAUGGACCAUGCUUCAUUAUGUUCUGAGAACUGACCUGUGGAAACCACUGCCUUAAAGAGUGAAAGGAAAAACAACAUGAAACACCAAAUAGUGUGUGUGAAACUUCUGGCGGUGCUGUGCUUGAGUUAAAUAGAUUGUAGCUAGUUUUGAGUUUCUUUUAACUUUAUACUAAUUUUGAAAAUAACUCACCUUUUUAGGCAUUCUUAAGAAAACAGGUAAACUGGUAUUUAAGAGUUGUAUCAAAAGCUGUGUAUGAACCAGGUAAAAGGUACUACAUGUUCUGGAGAUGUUGUUUAGGCCUUCCCAGGAGCCCUGGAGGGGAGCUUGUCCCAGCCACAUGGCCUGGAGCAGUGUUAUUUCUCUCAGACCUGUAAGAAAGGCAACACAACUGCAAGUUCAGAGCAGCACUGAGCUUGCAAACCUUGGUCCUGUAUGGGAGCCAGACUCCAACAGGCGCACAGAGCUGAGCCAAAAAUCAGUUUGGUACGUUUAGCCCUAAUUCCUGGUGAAAAACACAUGUUUGGGGCAGUCAGGGGGAGUGUGUGUAUGAGACAAAACUGAAAGCACUGUUGGGUCAGAACUGAGUGUAUUUAUCCCAUGUGUUUCUAUGCCUGUGACUCCUUCACAGAAAAGCUGAAUGACAAAACACCAACACCUGGGUACAGCUCACUGAGAUGUUUGACUUUGGGUAUCUGCUAAUUAUCAGUUAGGGACCACUGUUAGUGUGUGGUGUUUCAUAAUAUCACUUCAGAUGGACAUUUUAAAAAGAUAGAGGCACAAUUUCAAGCUUUCAUGUUCUCAUUUGGCAAUAAUUGAUUUUAGUAUCUGUCUCGGUCAAAGUAGUUGACGUUGUGUGGUGUUGAUAACAUGGCCUAAAGCAGACCUUACAUACAGGAGCUCUUUUGAUCUUCAGGCACUUAACUAAUUUAUUAGAAGGUAGGAUAACCUAAGGAGAGAAAAAGUGUGGGGCCAUCAAAAUUCCAUCCUUGACAGGAAUCAUUCUUGGUCACUGAAAUUACUCACAGAGAAAAACAUAAUGGUUGUAAAAAGGGAGCUGUGCUUUAUGUGUGUGUUUGAUGCUUAAGACUUUGAUUCUUGCUUUAUUGGGGUUUCCUUGACGUCACCUAGUUUCCUGGAUGAUUGGUCUCUCUUUAAUCUUCAAAAAUAUGAUAUUUGUAAAGCAAGGAAACAUUGUCCAAAAUAUGACUCUGAUAUUGGAGCUUUGAAGUCUGUGAAAAAGUAGUAACUGUUCCAUUGACAUUGUGGUUUAGUGACCGUAAAUAUGCUUGCAGAUUCCACCAUGAAUUCUCCUUUUUAAACAGAAACAAGCUACCUACCAGUCUGUUUCAGAGUUCUCUGACUAUCUAAUAAAGGUUUCUACUAGUAGUUGUUAUUUUGAAAAUGUAUAGUUUGUUUAUUGCAUCUGAGUAGAAGCCUAUAAAUUCACAUUUGAGGGGUUUUUUUUCCAGAGUUAAAUUAAUCGUGUAAUGGAAAUGAUUAAUUUUUGAUUUCUGGCAGGCAAAAGGAAAGGUAAUCCAGUCUCACAGUAAACAAAACAAAACACACAAACCCCAACCACUUGUAAUGUAAAGGGUAAUAGGAUGGUUUAUGUUUCCAAGAAUUGUUCUGAAUUGGCUCUUGGUAGAAAGAAAAACAGUAGAAGGAUGCUUCUGUUGGAAUUACACCACAAGGACUAUGAGAAUUUGGCUCCCCUUGCAGUUCUUUUGUUGCUGUUUUUUAUGUGGGGAAUGAAAUCUGUUCUGAAGUCAUGAAUUUUGGGAAGGGGUUUCUUGUGCUGAAUCCCUCUGCAAUUCACACAUCUCCCAGAUUUACCCACUUUGGGUGUAUAGUAAAGACAACAUCCUGACAGCCAGCAGUGUUACUUUAGUAGACUUUGCACAACUUGAGUUUGGGUUUUUUCCGUUUUCAAACUUACCUAAUGUGUAUUUCUUCUCAAUGACUGUUUGGUUUUUUUAGGUUUUUUUAGGUUUUAGACUGUAGGUUUUUUUAACAAUUUGUGUCCUUUUUUUUUAUGCAUUGUGGAUAAUAACCUGUGGAUUUUGAAUUUUUAAAUAAGCUAUUCUAGGUUCAUUGCAGCAUAACUGUGUCUGUUCUUUUGUUAGUGGAAGGAAAGAUGCAACUGGGAGCCACAGCCUGACAGCCCUCAGCUUUGCUAAGGACAGAGCCAGGUCAGGAUGUGUCAUUUAUCACUGGAUUUUUGCAUUUUUCCAGCUGUUUUCAGUUAAGUUUUUAUGGUAGGAGGAUGGUGGGGAAAAGAAUUCACAAAUUAUCCUUUAAUGAAUUGCUGUUACCAGCUUUCAUUGUCCUUGGGCCUCCUACUCUUCCUUGUUCUCUGCCCUCAGAUCUGCUGGUUUUUUGUGGGAGAGAUUGAAUAUUAUGGGAGGAGUUUCUUUAAAUGUGUAGCCAGAAUAACUGGAGUGAGUAAUGACAACACAGGAAGUAUUUUUGGCACUUGUCACAGUGAGUAGUUCAGAACUUUCCCUUUGUUUAUGGCCACGUAGUCCUGCACAAACACUGACAUUUCUAGAGCUUGAGCUAAAUGGUGCUCACAAAGAGGUGCUGGGUUUGCUCCCUCAGGGAGAGCUGCCUCAGCUAAGCUGUGGAAAGACUCAGACAAGUUAAAUGACACACUGUAAAGAAUGUACUAAUGCUCUUUCUUUAAAAAAAAGGAGUUAAAAAAGUUAAAUAACUGAAAGUAUUGCUGAGAAAACAAGGAGAGCAGCGAGCUCAUGGUGUUCAGGUAAGGCUGUCACCCAGACUGCUUCAGACAGUUGGCAGUUUCUCUUUGAUUUUCUUUUUUAAUGUCUUGCUCUAAUUGUUUAUCUUGUUAAUAAGUGCUAAAUCACUUCAGCUACUAUUUGUCACUUUAUCCCUUAAUGUUUUGAUUUUGAAGCUAAAGAUGCCCCUUGCAGUUCCUAGUUUUGGCUGUAUUUGAGCAAAAAUUAUUUAGAGUAGCUUUUCUAGCACGAGUCCAAAUAUGAAUAUUAAUUAUCUGCUGACUGAUAACCAACCUUUUAGCUAAACUAAAAUUUUUGGGAAAGAUUAAACAACAGGGAAUGUCUGGUUUAUGAAAGUGGUGCAUUGCAUUAAAAUAUAUUACAGUGCACUGCUUAGUGUUAACUUUUAUCUAAUUAAUCUCUGCUACUUUUGGCUAGAAUUUUCAAACCUGAUUUCUAUUCCAGUGCCCUAUAAAGCAAAUAAUUUUUAUAACUUUUAUUUUUAAAACAUUCUGGUAGUUUGAAUAAACAUAGCUCAGCUCAGACACUUUUUCAUUUUUAGAUGUCUGUUUUAUGCCAGAGGAGUAUUACUCAAGCUGUUAUGAUUCAGUAAGUAUUUAGGUGCACAUUAUAGGCAUUAAAACUACAAAUACUAAAUGAGUCACCUAAAUACUUAAUGAAUGAGCUUUAUCACCCUGCUUUAAAAUCAUGUUUAGAGAAGCAUGCACAUUGGAAAAUAUAUUGGAAACAAAAGGAAGCAUAAAAAAAUCACAGCAGGGUUUUAUUAGUUAUCUACUCCUCACUAGGAAUAAAUUAAUCAAAUUUGAUGCUUCUUGCAACAUCAGCCUCCUGUAUUUGCAUUCAGUAUUUUCAACACUUCUCCUCUAUUGGUAUCAGACCUAACACAUGGUGACAGCAAAUCUCUCUCUCCCAGCAGAAGCAGUUGCAGGGUUUUGUGCUGCUGAGGCACAUGAGAAGCAGAGGUCUCUUUUGACAAAAGGCAAGUUGAUCUUAUGAUUUUAAUUAACUGUAACAAAUAUUGUCCAAGUGAAGGUAAAAAACAUGGGAUGCUUUUUCUUCUGGCUCUGUCAGUGGCCUUUUUAUUCAUUACUUGUCCUUUUAAAUUGUUUGGUAUUCUAACUCACCAACACUAGUAGUUCCAACCUUAUUCAUGGCCAGCUCUUAGUGCUGCCUGCUGUAUAAAAACCCCGAGGCUGGUACUAAAUCCCAUCAGUGAAUUGUUCAUCCUACAAGGAGACAGCUGUGAAAGUUUGGUUAUUAUUCUUUAAUAUUAGCCUUUUCCUUUAAUUUUUCUCUAAAAGCAGCUUGCUCAUAAGGUGGUUUGGCUUGGGAAAGUUGCCAUCAAAAGAUCUGUGUGAGUGGACAUGGAAUUCUUUGCUAGGGGUUAUCCCUUCCUUGCAAACCAUCAUUCUGAUUUGUAGUGCAUGAGGAGGGUGAGUGCUUGCAUUGGAGCAGGACUUCUGUCAGUGCCUUAUUAUCAACUUGAAGACCAAUUCCUUUAUUUCAGUGGUGAGUCCCACCAUGGCAGACUUGCAGGCUGUGUCCUCAGUGUUCCAAGGGGUGACAUUCCUGGCAGCCACUGCAUUUCUGCAGCAGUCACUUGUUUUGGUCAGUGUAAAAUAGCUGUGGCUUGAGUUGCUUUAGUAUUAUUUCUGUAUUUGAAUAGCCUCUUUUUAGGAAAAAAUGCAGAGGUUUCUGGUAGCUUGGGCUUGUUCAGCUUUUAUCAGAAGUAGCUCAGACCUCUUAAAAAUUAACUUAUUUUUAUUUUGUUAUGUCUAUUGAGUAGAUUUAGUGAGGAGGGGAAAUGAAGAGCAUAGUCCAAGUCAUGGUCUAGACCACAUGAGCUCAGGAGCUCACAUUGUUAGAAAGGAGCUUGAUUUUGUCUGUCCCACUUUGAUACAAACACUGAGGAGCAUUCUUAGGAGACAAUUUAUCUUGCAGGCUUUUUGUUAUAAAUAAACACCACAGGAGAAAACUGUUUGGGGAAAGAGGAGGCUUAGCUAAAUCUUAAUAUCCCAAAAGCUCAGUUUUGUGUGUUGUAUUUCUGGUGCCAACACUCUGUAGGGAGCACUGUCCUUCACUGAAACAACUGCUAGAGACUGCUUUAGGAGCAAAGACUUCAGAAGCUUUGGAAGGGGAAAUGAAAGAAAGAAUGUGUUGUUCUUAAGCAAGUAAAUAUUUGUUUUCCUGGAAUAUAUCCUUAUAAAAACACAGCAGUUUUACUAUAGUCUUUUUAUAAAUUCAGAUGUUGGAAGGCUAAUUUGAAAAUUAAUCUUCCUCUUUCUAAGAAUACUCAAAGAGAGCAGAAAAGUCAGAAGAGAAAAUACAAAUUACUUGGUGUAGCUCUGGCUGUUGCAGAGCUGAGCUGACAAGUUUUCUCCAAGUAACUGAGUUGCUAAGGAAAAGAAGGUGUAUAAAAUGUAGUGAAAUGCAAAUUCCUGCAGAUCAUGGCACAGUUCUGGCUGGUAGCCUGGUCUUGCUCUUGAGUGACUAAAACCACCAUAAAUACUCUGUUUCCUUUGUGUGUUUGAUUAUUAUUAUUUCUCUUUAUUUUGGUGAGUUCUGGCCUUCAUGUGUGUUUGCUGAAGUAAUUUCUUACCAUUCCAAAGCUGUUCACAGCUGAAACUGCAAAGCAGAAAAGCAGUAUAAAUCAAUUCAAUGUUGAAAUAAAGGGUUCUGGGGUGCCUGGUUUACUGGCACUUCUGGCUCCUUGUGUGCAGGAGUGUAUCCAUUCAAAAACUACUGUACUGGAGUGGGAGAAGCACCAGGAAACAUGGAAGUGUUUUAUAAUAAUCCUGUAAGGACCAGCCAUCCCUGGAAGGGGGAUCAAGGUGUCAUGCAGUAAACACAAGCCAUUUCUAAUGUUCCCUGCUGGUGUGAGGCAUUCCAGGGAUGGAGGGAUUGCACUAUGAUCUCUCUGAGUGAUGUGCAGUUUGGCUGUCCUCAAGCCUCUUCCUUCACCUUUUUUAAUACUUUGUUCUGUGUGUGUGUGUGUGAAAGUUGUGUGUUUGCAUAAGCUAGUUUAAUUGAAUUUAAGAACAGGUUUCAAAAAUCUUUCCUACUGAAAUAAAUGAUUUAAAAGAUGGCCUGUGUCUGAAGUUUUAAUUUCUCGUUUAAAAAACUGCAUCCAAACUCCAGCUAGGUGUUAUCUGACUGUCUUUUGGAAUGGUGCUGAGAUCAGCUGAAAUUUUGGUGGCAUUUUUCAAUGAACCUUUGAAGUGAAGCAUGUAAAGAUACCAUUGUCCACUGGUGCAAAGGAAAUCUAGAGACUAGCAGGGAAGUACAGUUCAUUGAAGAGAUGGAUGUCUGGUCUCAGAGAUGUUUCUGUUAAAUGAUGUGGUUUUUCUCUCCUUGGUAGUUUAUCAGGGGUUUUUGUCUUUUGCUUCUAUACUUAAAGCUGUGGUAAAUUUAAACUCACUGAAGGCAGUCAUCAGGCAGAUUGGCUCUUAAGGAGCAACUACAUGGAAGAGAAGUUGAAAAUGAAGAAUGGAUGAAUAGCAUGCAAAGCCUUGUAUUUCCUUAGCUCUUUGUUUGGUGUUGCUUCCCUACUCUCUGUGCCUUUGUAAUGCUGUGAAGCCUUACUGAUCAUACAGCCCUGGGGGAAAUGCUGUGAAAUGCUUGUCAGAAUGUGAGCCUUGGGCUCCCUCACCUUUUCUCCUUAAUGGAACCAUUCAUUUCAAGUGUAUUUACAAAGAGAGAAGGAAUAAAGUAGAAUUUUGUAA